UGCUCCGCGCGCCGUUAGCACAACGCAGCCUUAAUUUAUUUCCACUCGCAGGCCGACCGGGGUAUUUCUGUCACUGACUGCUCACCUUGCUUCCCUGUCACUUCCUGUCAACAUCUGAUGCCCGCACCGUCUGCCCGCCAGCGAGCGCGCGUUGCUGCACAGUCGUCGCUCUUCUCUCUGUCCUGCCCAACGCACCGCUCUCACGGACGAGCGCUCGUCCUCGACCCGCUCUCUCCGCCGCUGCUGCGCUCGCCCAGCCGCCCGUCCUCGCCCUCGGCCUCGUCUGGGCUGGCGUACGCGUCGCCGACCCCGUUUCGUUUCUCUCUCUAAUCGCCAAGGCACGCAAUCCGCCGACAGGGUGCCCCGGCGCGCGUCCUGUGCUGUGUCGUCGGCCCAUUCUUCGUUUUGCUCUGCCAUCUGGCUCGUCUGCGCUUUUGCUCUCUGAAAGCCCAGCACGGACGCUGCCCUCGACCUGGUCGCCUUUUCUUUUCCCAGCUUCCCUGCCCACCCCCGUUGAACAUCCCAUAACCCUCCAGGCCGGGAUUGUUGGCGCGACCCCCAAGACAGAACAGAGACUGUCGCCCGCGAUCACAAUAUAAUGUCGCCAGCUUCGCGACAUGAGGGGGCCAAGAGCCCUCCCAGCUAUAAGGAAGAGCCAGCUCCUGUGGCGGACGAAGACCUGGUGAGUAGGCCUCCCUGUCAAGCGUCCAUCAGAAAAAAAGUUCCCGAGACCUCCCCCGUCCCCAGCCUGCUUUGCACCGGAUUCUGCGUUGCUGCAUUGUUCGCAUUUGGCUUUCUUGCAACCUUUAACCUUCCGAUCCCACGCGAGCCGUUGAAGCGUCGCAACCGUCUCGCUCGUUUGCUUUUGCUUUCUUCUACUCUCUUUCCCUUCGACCCGUCAUCCAACUCCAAGGUCAAGGCUACCCGUUGCGCCUCCAUCCAACCCGCUCCGUUCGUUGAUUCAACCCUUCGACCACAGCUCCGACUCCAAAUCCUCCAUCAGACCAUCCGCGUCUGGCUGCUGUUGAUUUGUUUUUUGGGCCGCCAACCUCACCUGCAUCCGCGCUCGAAGGCUAGGAAAAAGAGAAGACCGUUGCGGCCUCAACACGCUCUUGCUUGCGCAUGCAUCUGCUCGCGCAGCUCUCUGCGCACAAAGCCGCCGCAUAACGGGCUAUCCUCGUUACCCCAGCUGAAGCGCGCACGCCUACAUGCAUCAUCCCCAUCACGGCUUACCACCGCCGCAACAUCUGCAGCACCCUAGAUCAGGUGUAAUUCAGCAUCAACCCGGUUCGCCCCAUCAGUCUCAGACGGGACAUCAAGGUCAUUAUCCCUCACCUCACAUCCCCAGCCACAGCCUGCCCCCGCAGCAUCAAUCGCCGUACGUUCAGGCGCUUCCAGGUCAACCAGGGCAGAACCAACCUGAGGUCCCGUACUACACGCAUCCAAGCCCCUACAGCUCUAACAGCGCUGCUUCUGGGAACUACUCUUCUUCUGAGCAGAUUGAUCCGAUGGCUACUGCUGCCAUGAAUAGGUACCCGCUUCCCAACGUGGGAAGCUACCACACCCCACAAUCAGCAUCCCCAGCUUCGGUUCAGUCCCCACAGCACGAUCCUUCGGGAAGGCCGCUCUAUUCGCAUCCCCAGCAGAUGUACCCGCCGUACCAGCAGUAUGCCGUUCAGCAGCCAUCUCCGUAUGCCCAUCCAGGUGCUCCUCAGCCAGGGCCGAUGAACACCGGAUUCAUGUCCCAGCCAGGCCCUGGAUCUGCACUUCAGCACACGUCGCACCCCGUGACUUCAGCUAUGACCGGCAGCCCGGGCAACAAGAUGCCGCAGAGCCAGAUGCAGAGACCCGGCCCCGGUAUGAGCCCGGCGUCAGCGCCUCAGGGAGGACCGCCGCCCGGCAUGCACCAAGGACCCAGCGGAGGGUCGAGUGGGAUCAAUCCUAACGCCGCGCCUGGUCCCAUCCCGGCGACGACGCCGCUGGUUGUUCGUCAAGAUCAGAACGGGGUGCAAUGGAUCGCUUUCGAGUACUCGAGAGAUCGCGUGAAGAUGGAGUACACGAUCCGGUGCGACGUGGAGUCGGUAAACACAGAUACUCUGCCACAAGAAUUCAAGACUGAGAACUGUGUUUACCCUCGGGCAUGCUGUCCCAAAGACCAGUACAAGGGCAACAGACUGCACUACGAGACGGAAUGCAACACGGUUGGUUGGGCGCUGGCGCACCUUAAUCCGUGCUUGAGAGGCAAGCGCGGUCUCAUACAGAGGGCGGUGGAUAGUUGGCGAAACAGCAACUCGGAUCCGCGCCUGAGGAGCAGACGCGUUCGAAGAAUGGCAAAGAUCAACAGUAGGAAGUCAAUGUCGACAGCUCCUGGUGCACACAUGGCCGGGCCGGCAGGCCCUGGGCCAGCAGGGAUGCCACCCUCAGGCUUAGCAGCUCCAGGGCCAAGGCAACCUGCUAUGGGCAUGGGUGGGCAGCACAUCAUCCAUCACCAUGAUCAGGCUGGAGGACCCCACGGAGGGGCUGACGACGUUAGCGCGUCCAAUGAUUACAAUGACGGCUCAGUUACGCAUCAUCAUCACGCCCCAACCGGCGCCAGCAACGCGCCCACAGAAGUACGACAGGCGAACAACUUCUACCCUACAUAUCCAAGCAGCCAGUCAAUGGUGAAUGCAGGCCUGCCAGCUCCAGGCGACGGGAUGGAGCACCUAGCCCAUGCACCUGUCCAUGCCGCGACCACAAGCGCCACUACGAAGGACGACGAAGAAGUAGACACAGUCGCGCUCUUUGGCGAUUUACCGGAGGCAAAGCGACGCAAGUUCAUUCUCGUAGACGAUGCUCAGCGCGGCACCCGCGUGCGAGUGCGCGUUAUGCUUGACCAGGUCCGCAUGCACGAGAUGCCGGACUCUUACCGCAAAAAUAACUCGGUGUACCCGCGCUCCUGGUACCCGACUGAGAUGCAAUCCCCUCCUCCGUCUCCUAGGCGAGGCCGCUGGCCGGACGAUGUGGAUGCGGACCAGGAGGGAACGCCGGCAGCGCGCACACUAGUCCAUGUGCCGCUUUUGGACGGAUCCGAUGCGAAGCUUCCCGUGCCGCGGAUGAGCAAGGCGAAACGCAACAAGGAAGUCACGCUCAACGACCUUGGCUAUCGAAUGAGCUGGAGUCAGAGUCGCGUCUUCUCCGGUCGGACACUGUUCCUGCAGCGCUCCUUGGACGCUUAUCGAAACAAAAUGCGAAGCACCAUGGUAGCCGCCGGCCAAGACGUGACCACAAUUGCGCCGCACUUUGAAACGAGAGUAGGGAAGCGAAAAUGGAUCGAGAGGAGCAAGAGGGCAAAGCGAGAGGCCUCUCCUUAAAGAGAACAAAUUGGCUCACGCAAUAACGGCCCCCUACCCCUCGAGCGUUCGGUUAAAAGCGUUGGAGCCCAUGGUACAUCAUCAGCGCCGUUUUUUCCUCUCUUGAUUCACAUCCCUGCAAAACGCCCGGCUCGCAUGGGUCAUCUAACCUCUUCCCCACCUCCACUAAACCUCAUUCAGAAACACUCUGGUUUGACUCCCUGGAUCUAAUCCAUGUUGACAGCCCGGGGCGUGAGGCCCUUGUGGUAUCUUCCCCCGCUUAACAUGUCUUUCUAUCAUCUCUUUCACCUCCGGCCAACCACGCCCAGUGCGCCGAGUCUUCUCCCCCCCCCCCCC